GCCGCGCGCGGUUCCGCAGGUGGCAGCGAUGGCCCAGUCCUGAGCGCCCCGCCAUGGCCGGCGCCCCCGGCCCGCUGCGCCUCGCGCUCCUGCUGCUCGGGGCGGUGGGCAGGGCCGGCCCCCGCCCCCAGGGUGCCACUGUGUCCCUCUCAGAGACGGUGCAGAAAUGGCGGGAAUACCGACGCCAGUGCCAGCGCUUCCUGAGCGAGGCCCCACCUCCGGCCACAGGCCUGUUCUGCAACCGGACCUUCGAUGACUACGCCUGCUGGCCAGACGGGCCACCAGGCUCCUUUGUGAACGUCAGCUGCCCCUGGUACCUGCCUUGGGCCAGCAGCGUGCUGCAGGGCCAUGUGUACCGGUUCUGCACAGCCGAGGGCCUCUGGCUGCACAAGGACAACUCCAGCCUGCCCUGGAGGGACCUGUCGGAGUGUGAGGAGUCCAAGCGAGGGGAGAGAAGCUCCCCGGAGGAGCAGCUCCUGUCCUUGUACAUCAUCUACACCGUGGGCUACGCGCUCUCCUUCUGCGCACUCGUUGUCGCCUCGGCCAUCCUCCUCGGCUUCAGACACCUGCGCUGCACCCGGAACUACAUCCACCUGAACCUGUUUGCGUCCUUCAUCCUGAGAGCACUGUCCGUCUUCAUCAAGGAUGCCGCCCUCAAGUGGAUGUACAGCACGGCCGCGCAGCAGCACCAGUGGGAUGGGCUCCUGUCCUACCAGGACUCGCUGGGUUGCCGCCUGGUGUUCCUGCUCAUGCAGUACUGCGUGGCGGCCAACUACUACUGGCUCCUGGUGGAGGGCGUGUACCUGUACACGCUGCUGGCCCUCUCGGUCUUCUCCGAGCAGCGUGUCUUCAGGCUCUACGUGAGCAUCGGCUGGGGUGUUCCCCUGCUGUUUGUUGUCCCCUGGGGCGUUGUCAAGUACCUCUAUGAGGAUGAGGGCUGCUGGACCAGGAACUCAAACAUGAAUUACUGGCUCAUCAUCCGGCUGCCCAUUCUCUUUGCCAUCGGGGUGAACUUCCUCAUCUUUGUCCGGGUCAUCUGCAUCGUGGUGUCCAAACUGAAGGCCAAUCUCAUGUGCAAGACGGACAUCAAAUGCAGACUUGCCAAGUCCACGCUGACACUCAUCCCUUUACUGGGGACCCACGAGGUCAUCUUUGCCUUCGUGAUGGACGAGCAUGCCCGGGGGACCCUGCGCUUCAUCAAGCUGUUCACAGAGCUCUCCUUCACAUCCUUCCAGGGGCUGAUGGUGGCCAUCUUAUACUGCUUUGUCAACAACGAGGUCCAGAUGGAGUUUCGGAAGAGCUGGGAGCGCUGGCGGCUGGAGCACUUGCACAUCCAGAGGGACAGCAGCAUGAAGCCCCUCAAGUGUCCCACCAGCAGCCUGAGCAGCGGGGCCACCGUGAGCAGCAGCGUGUACUCGGCCACCUGCCAGGCGUCCUGCAGCUGAGGCGCCAGUGCCCGCCGCCGUGGCCCUCGCUGCUGGCUGGGCAGCCCUCCCAGGUGGGAGAGACCCUCCCAGGGACGGGGAAGGAAGGGACA